GAUUGGAAUCUGACAUGGCACACAGAAAAUCCAGACUUUACCCAAUGCUUUCAGAACACAGUCCUGGUCUGGAUUCCUUGCAUUUACCUGUGGGUCUGCUUUCCGGUGUACUUCCUGUACCUUCGUUGUCAUGACAGGGGAUACAUACAAAUGUCAAACCUCAACAAAGCCAAAACGGCCUACAGUAUUGGGUAUAACCAUG